AUGAAUCCAACAUCUUAUUCACCCAAUAUCAAUGAUCAUAAUAUCGUAUUUGGAGGCAUCACACCAAAAGUAUAUACUCAACAAAAAAGUUAUGAAGGUCAGCAACAAAGCUAUGAAGGUCAACAGUUCAGAAUUAAUCCAAUUCCAAUGAACGGUUGUUUAUAUAAUAUGUGCCAAUCCCAAAAUUUAGAAAACAAUGUUUUCAAACAAUGCAAUAGCGAAACAAAACAAAUGUCAUUUGUCAACCAGGAAAAUAGCUCUAAAGAAGAAAUAACACUAGAAACCAUUAAUAAUGAUGUUUUUAAUAUUCUACAGUUGUUGAAUUAUUUUCAAAACCAAUAUGUCACUCGUAGUGAUUGUGUUUCAUUUCAUUUAUUAAAUCUUACGUUGCAAAGUCUUUUACACAUAACCUCUUAUAUGAAAAAGUUAGAGUCUGAAAAACUAAUUAAUUCAAAGCUAAGUACUAAUGAAACAAAAGGUAGUGAGUCUAGUAAAACUGAUAGCACAAAGCCACGUAAAGGCCAAAAGGAUCAUACCAAAGAAGAUAAGGAAAAAUUACAUUCCAGUGAUAGUGAAAGUAGUGAUAGUGAAAGUAGUGAUAGUGAAAGUGAUAAUAAAAGUGAUAGUGAAAGUGAUAGUCAAGGAAUAGAUACCGAAAAAUAUGAUGAUGAAGAAAGUAGUACUGAAAGCGGAUCUCCUAGUGAUAUGGAAGUACUUCGCCCAAUAAAAACAUUAAAAAAUUCAUUUAGAGAAUAUGCUCCUGCAUAUUUGCAAAAAAAAAAUGAAAAGUUUCAAAAGAAAGUACCUAAAGAGUUAUUUUAUUAUAACAGAAAUUCUACUAAGGAUGGAGCAAAGGAUGUUAGAAAUGAAAUAAUUGAAGCAAUGAAUAAUACCAAUAUAUCUCUAUUUAUUCUUACAGAAGACUGUUGUAUUGCUACAUACUCAAAACAAAAAUCUGAAGCCGAUAAAGGAUGGAAUGAGGAUGAUAGUUUUAAAAUUUAUCAAUUGAUGAAGGAUAAAAGCGAAUGUUAUAUUGAGUUACGUUGUAAUGAAAAUAAAAGCUUUGAACUAACUACGGAUCCUCUCUUUGAAAUUCUUACAGCCUUUUGUGCAUUUUCUAUUACAAGAAGAUUAGAGAUAUGUUAUAAACCUGAUGGUGAUAUUUUUGGUACUUUGCCAUAUACUGUUGUUCCAAGUGGUGGGGCUAUUAAAACACUUGGAAGUAGUCCAGGUUAUUUUAAAGAAAAAAUUGACCGAAUACUUAUCGUCAAAUGGAACUAA